GCGGCGAAGCCCCGUGGGCUUGUGGGAGGAGGCCGGGCUCGCGCCGCGGCGCCGCGGCUCCCGUAGGCUCUAGUUCCCUUGGGGCGGGCGCGGGGUGCCCUCACCUCUGAGUUCCGCGGCAUGCGCGGGCGCGCGGGAUGAUCCUCCUCGUCCCGCGCUGCGCGCUCCGGCGUCUGCAUCGGCCCGGAGGUCGGACGUUUUCCGCCUCCGCCAUGGAGGUGGCCUUCCGAGGAGUGCGGAAAGUCCUCUGUGUGGCCGAGAAAAACGACGCGGCCAAGGGGAUCGCCGACCUGCUGUCCAGGGGUCGCAUGAGGCGGAGGGAAGGACUUUCUAAAUUCAACAAGAUCUAUGAAUUUGAUUAUCACCUGUAUGGCCAGAAUGUUACCAUGAUAAUGACUUCAGUUUCUGGACAUUUGCUGGCUCAUGAUUUCCAGAUGCAGUUUCGUAAAUGGCAGAGCUGCAAUCCCCUUGUCCUCUUUGAAGCAGAAAUUGAGAAGUACUGCCCAGAGAACUUUGUAGACAUCAAGAAAACUCUGGAACGAGAGACUCGGCAGUGUCAGGCCCUGGUCAUCUGGACCGACUGUGAUAGAGAAGGUGAAAAUAUCGGGUUUGAGAUUAUCCACGUAUGCAAGGCGGUGAAGCCCAGUCUGCAGGUGUUGAGAGCCCGUUUCUCUGAGAUCACCCCCCGAGCUGUCAGGAUGGCCUGUGAAAACCUGACCAAACCCGAUCAGAAAGUGAGCGAUGCGGUGGACGUGAGGCAGGAGCUGGACCUUAGGAUAGGAGCUGCCUUCACUAGGUUCCAGACCCUGAGACUUCAGAAGAUUUUCCCCCAGGUGUUGGCAGAGCAGCUGAUCAGUUAUGGCAGCUGCCAGUUCCCAACACUGGGGUUUGUGGUGGAGAGGUUUAAAGCCAUUCAGGCUUUUGUGCCAGAAGUCUUCCACAAAAUUAAAGUAACUCAUGACCACAGAGAUGGCAUCGUAGAAUUCAGUUGGAAAAGGCAUCGUCUCUUUAACCACACGGCUUGUCUUGUCCUCUAUCAGCUGUGCAUGGAGGAUCCCGUGGCGACUGUGGUGGAGGUCAGUUCUAAGGCAAAGAGCAAAUGGAGGCCUCAGGCUUUGGACACUGUGGAGCUUGAGAAGCUGGCUUCUCGAAAGUUGAGAAUAAAUGCUAAAGAAACCAUGAGGAUUGCCGAAAAGCUCUACACUCAAGGGUACAUCAGCUAUCCCAGAACUGAAACAAACAUUUUUCCCAGAGACUUAAACCUGACAGCACUGGUGGAGCAGCAGACCCCGGAUCCACGCUGGGGGACCUUUGCCCAGAGCAUUCUAGAGCGGGGUGGCCCCACCCCACGCAAUGGGAACAAGUCUGACCAAGCUCACCCUCCCAUCCACCCCACCAAGUACACCAGCAGCUUGCAGGGGGACGAGCAGCGAGUGUAUGAGUUUAUCGUUCGCCAUUUCCUAGCUUGCUGCUCCGAGGAUGCUCAGGGGCAGGAGACUACCGUGGAGAUUGUCAUCUCUCAGGAACACUUUUUGGCCCAUGGUCUCAUUAUUCUGGCCAGAAACUAUCUGGAUGUGUACCCAUAUGAUCGCUGGAGUGACAAGACCCUCCCUGUCUAUGAGAGAGGCUCCCGCUUUCAGCCCAGCACCGUGGAGAUGGUGGACGGGGAGACCAGUCCACCCCAGUUGCUCACUGAAGCCGACCUCAUUGCGCUCAUGGAAAAGCAUGGCAUUGGUACUGAUGCUACUCACGCGGAACACAUUGAGACAAUCAAAGCCCGGAUGUACGUUGGGCUCACCCCAGACAAGCGGUUCCUCCCUGGGCACCUGGGCAUGGGACUUGUGGAAGGUUAUGACUCCAUGGGCUAUGAGAUGUCCAAGCCUGACCUCCGGGCCGAGCUGGAAGCAGAUUUGAAGCUGAUCUGUGAGGGGAGGAAGGAUAAAUUUGUGGUUCUGAGGCAGCAGAUCCAGAAAUACAAGAAGGUUUUCACUGAAGCAGUGGCUAAAGCUAAGAAAUUGGACGAAGCGUUGUCUCAAUACUUUGGCCAAGGGGCAGAGGUGCCCCAGCAAGAAGCCAUCUACCCGGCUCUGCCAGAACCCAUCAGGAAGUGCCCGCAGUGCAACAAGGACAUGGUCCUCAGGACCAAGAAAAGUGGCGGGUUCUACCUCAGCUGCAUGGGUUUCCCGGAAUGUCGAUCAGUUGUGUGGUUCCCCGACUUCGUGCUGGAGGCCAGCAGGGAUGGGAGUGUGUGUCCAGUGUGUCAGCCACACCCUGUUUACAGGUUGAAGUUAAAGUUUAAACGUGGUAGCCUUCCCCCGACCAUGCCUCUGGAAUUUGUUGGCUGCAUAGGCGGAUGUGAUGAGAACCUGAGAGAGAUCUUGAACCUAAGGUUUUCACAGGGCCCCGCAAGAGCUUGCCCACCAACCAGCCAGCCCUCUGGCUACCUAAAGGCUAGCCAGUACCUGAACAGAAUGGACAGCAACCAGCACAGCCACCCCCAGCCUCCAGACACCAGGGAGACCAGGCCUUCAAAGGCUCUAUCCCGGAAUCUACCACCACCCGCUGCUGCUGGUGAAAGCAACUCCGUGAUCUGCAACUGUGGCCAGGAGGCCGUACUGCUCACUGUCCGGAAGGAGGGUCCCAACCAGGGACGGCAGUUCUAUAAGUGCCAAGCUGGCAGCUGCAGCUUCUUUCUGUGGGCCGACAGCGGCCAUCCAGAAGCAGGAGGGACUCCUUCCUCUGCAUCAAGACACCCAGGCGGCUCACUGGGACGCCCCCCAGACUCCAGGAACCCCCGGGGUGGGUUUGGUAGGCCUGGUGAUGACACUGGUGGUGGCACAUCCUGCCUGUGUAGUCAGGCUGCUGUCACACGGACUGUGCAGAAGGACGGGCCCAACAAGGGCCGGCAGUUCCACACAUGUGCCAAGCCGAGGGAGCAGCAGUGCGGCUUCUUCCAGUGGGCGGAUGAGAACCUCGCCCCAGGGACUUCUGGAGCUGCACCCUGGCCAGGAGGCAGAGGAGAAACCCACGCACCGGAGUCCAGAAGCAAGAGAGCGCGGGCCAGUUCUUCAGACCCAGGGUCCACGGCCAAGAAACUGCGGAAAUGCAGCCUUUGCCACCAGCCUGGACACACCCGCCCCUUCUGUCCUCAGAGCAGAUGAGGGCAGGGAGGGGUAGAAAGGGCUGCUUCCUCAUACCUGCUCCUCUAUCUCAAGGAGUUGUUUUCCCUAGGACCAAGUAGCUCUGCCCUGCCCUGAAGGUGUUAAGUGGCUGCUUUUGGAGUCUGGCCUGCUUGUGUUAAGGAGUCAAGAUUCAGACUGUUCUCAAGGCCACCUCAUUGGACAGAAGCCCUCUCCCUGGGGCUCAGGAAUGACCAUGGCCACUGCCAAGAAGUCACAGAAGGUGCUCCCUGUGAUCCCGCAGGGAUUGUCUAUUCGUGCUGUGGAGAAGCUGGUGGCUAGAACCUUGAGCAUUGGAGUUGGUGUGUUCCGCAGCUGGAGCCUUCCAGGGCUCCCUUCGCCUACUUGAGAGGCCACUGCUCCCAGUGCAGGCUCUGGGCAGCCAGGAAGGGGCUUCUCUCCACAGGCAUCCUGAGAAGGGAGGCAUAAUGCAGAGGAGUGGCUCUUGCUCUAAAAUUGUGUCAACAGAAGAUUUAUCCUCUUGCCCAGAAACUGCCGUGGCCAGGACACACCCUGCUCAUGUGUCUUAAUAAAGAAUUUUCCCCCCUUUUUCUGGUGGGUAAGGUGCAGUGUCUGGCAAAUGGUGGCAGGAGCAGUGGGUAUAGACACCAGCCAGUGCCCAAGCGACCUCUUGCCAGCCUCUGGCCCUCAUGGUCUCCCCUUCCUAGCCCCUGCCCUUUUCGCUGUCCACAUGGCAAGCAGUAAGCUCAGCUUCUCGCAGCCCCACAAAUAGCCUGUCCUGCAGAGAAGAUAGCCACUGCACAAUUCAGAAUACUUUGUCUUCCACACCUCCCAAGGCUGCCACAUUCCUUACUGCCUUUAUAAAAACCUUAGGAAUGGUAUGUAACCAUUUUGGUUUUGUUGUGAGGUUUAGAAGGUAAACAGAAGUGGGUGUGAGUUGCCCGGAGUCACAGCGCUAGCUGGUGAACAAAUGAAUUUUCCUUAGGUCUUGGGACUCCUGGCCCCAUACCGUUCAGACAACUAGCUCUGCCCUGGCUGGAUGGCAGGGUAAGAGUGCAGGUAGAUGCCUGGCAUUGCUCCUGGAACCUGGUCAGUGGGAUGGGUCAUGGUCCUGCAUUUGUGGGGUUUUGAGCUCCCCCAGCCCUGGAAACCACCCGUCCAUAUUGUCUCUGGUUUUACCUAUUCUGAACAUUUCAUAUAAAUGGAAUCAUACAGAA